CGUCGCUGCUCGUCGCCGCCCGCCGCCCGUCGCCGCCGCCACCUCCGCCGCCCAGCCCUCACCUCCCUCUGCUCGCUCCGCAUCAGCUGGUCCUCCGCCACAUCUGGCUAGCUCUGCCCGUCCGCCGGCCGCUGGCCACCGGCGAGAGCCCCUCCACCGGCCUGCUUUGCUCCUCCGCCGUCCCCAGACUCCACGUCGCAGGGGGACCGUCGCUGGGCGCCAUCAAAAUCGUCGGAUUACAGCAGUUGUGAGUGUUCUGCAUUUGCAAGUGUUGUGCAAUGGGAGAAAUUGACAAGGGGAUGCCUCAAGUUGGUAUGAAAUUUAGAAAUCCGGAUGAAGCUUGGGCGUUUUGGGUUGCAUAUGGGGGUCGUGCAGGAUUUGAUGUGAGGAAGAGAAACAAACAUACAAGCAAGAUGGAUGGUCAAGUGACCUCAUGCACAUUUGUUUGCGCCAAUGAAGGCAUACGGAAAAAAGGGAUAACAAUGGACCAUGUGCCAAAGCGUAUCAGAGCUGAAACAAGAACAAAUUGCAAAGCUCGGAUGACUAUAUCAUUGGAUCGAGUGCUAAAAAAUUACGAAGUCACAGAUUUUGUGCUUGAACACAAUCAUUAUCUUCAAUUGCCACAAACCUGCCACUUGAUGGCAUCGCAAAGGAAGAUUUCUGAAGUACAAGCUUUUGAAAUAGAAGCCGCCGAGGAUUCUGGAAUCAUGCCCAAAGCUGCACAUGAGUUAGCUUGUCGUCGAGUUGGUGGACCAUUUAACCUCGGCUACACUUGUCGUGACCAAAAGAAUCAUUUGCGAGGCAAACGGCAGCGAGAGUUGGCUUUUGGACAGGCAGGUAGUAUGUUGAAGUAUUUCCAUGACAAGAUCCAGGAGAACCCAUCUUUCCAAUAUGACUUGCAGUAUGAUUGUGAGGAGCAUAUAUCCAACAUAUUCUGGGCUGAUGCUAAAAUGGUUCUAGACUAUGCACACUUUGAAGAUGUUGUCACAUUUGAUACAACUUUUGGCACAAACAAAGAAUAUAGGCCCUUUGGUGUUUUUCUUGGGCUUAAUCAGUUUAGAGAAACCACCAUUUUUGGUGCUGCACUUCUAUUUGAUGAAACAUGUGACUCAUUUGUAUGGCUGUUUGAGACAUUUCUAGCUACACAUAAUGGGAGGCAGCCUAGAACUAUUUAUACAGAUCAAGAUGCCGCAAUGGGGAAAGCUAUAGGGAAAGUCUUCACGGAAUCAUAUCAUGGUUUGUGCACCUUCCAUAUAAUGCAAAAUGUUGUCAAACAUUUAUCUUCACGGAAAGAGAAAGAUGAAGAGAAAGAGGAAGAGGAAGAAGAGGAGGAAGAGUCUCAUAUUCUCACAGAUUUUAGUGAAUGCAUGUAUGGCUAUGAGGACAAAGCAGAAUUUCAAGAAGCAUUUGAUAAUAUGAGACAUAAAGUGCACAAGCAAACUUGGUUAGAUAGUAUCUACAAGUUGAAAGAAAAGUGGGCCGAAUGUUAUAUGAGAGAAGUGUUCAGUUUGGGAGUCCGAAGUACACAACUUAGUGAGAGCUUCAACAAUUCAUUGAAAAAUCAUUUGAAAUCAGAUUUUCAUAUUGUUCGGUUCUUGAUGCAUUUUGAGAGGACAGUGGAGGUAAAAAGAACACAAGAAUUGCAAUCUGAAUUUGAGGCAAGGAAGAAUGUACCAAGAAUCAAGAUGCACACACCUAUGUUGGUGCAAGCAAGCAAGCAAAGAGUACACUCCAAUUAUUUUUGA